AUGUCGUCGCCGCUCGAGUCCACCAGGUCGACGUCCAGGUCCAUGUCGACGUCGGCCGACCUGACGCAGCAGACGACCAAUCCCGAGUAUGGCGACAACAUCACGCCGCCCGACGAGGACGGGGAGCCGGCAGGGGCAGCGCCAGGAGAGAAACCGCGUCGAGGGACGACGCCGCGAUCCAGCUCAUCCUUCACGACGGGCCGGUCAAUCAGUCUCUCGCGCACGAUAUCGCGGCGCGAGACCAUCCUCUCUCGCAUCCGGACGCGACAGCCCAUCGGUCCGUUCACCCAUCCGCUGGCGCACCAGCGAACGACGGUCGAAGACCUGGUCGACUUUGACGGGCCGGCCGACCCCUACCGGCCGCUGAAUUGGGCCAUGAAGAAAAAGGUCAUGACCACGGCCUUGUACGGCUUCACCACCAUGAGCGCCACCUGGGGGUCCAGUGCCUACAGCCCCGGCACUCGGCAAGUCGCCCAUCAGUACCAUGUGGGCAACGAGGUCUCGACCCUGGGCACGAGUUUGUUCUUGAUGGGCUUUGGCCUGGGCCCGCUGCUAUGGGCUCCGCUGUCCGAAGUCUAUGGCCGCAAGAAUGCCGUGCUGCCGCCCAUGUUUGUGGCGGCUUGUUUUGCCUUUUCUACCGGCGCAAGCAAAGACAUCCAGGGCAUCAUGAUCCUCAGGUUCUUCUCCGGGUUUUUUGCCUCGGCCCCAGUCACCAACACCGGCGGCGUGCUGGCCGACCUGUUCCCGUCGUCACAGCGAGGCAUCGCCAUCGCUUCAUAUGCCAUGGCCGUCGUGAUAGGGCCUGCUCUGGGUCCCAUCGUCUCGGCGGCUCUGGUCGUCCAGCCUGACCUUCGUUGGCGAUGGACCCAGUACCUGACGGGCAUCAUCCAGCUGUUUGUCUUGGUGUUGGACAUCAUCUUUCUAGACGAGUCGUAUCCGCCGCGCCUGCUGGUUUACAAGGCCCGCCGCCUGCGGCAUCAGAGCGGUAAUUGGGCCCUCCACGCCAAAUUCGAGGAGUGGGAUGUGUCGAUCGCCGAGUUGGCCAGAAAGUUUCUGGUCCGGCCCUUCCAGCUCCUCACGACCCCGAUCUGCGCUCUGGUGGCGUUGUAUGCCAGCUUCUGCUACGGUAUCCUGUACAUGCAGCUUGGGGCGAUCCCAAUCAUCUUUGCUGAACACCGCCACUGGAAACUCCUCCCGUCGGAGCUGCCAUUUCUGGCCAUCCUGGUCGGCACCAUCAUCGGGGCUGCGAUCAACGUGUAUAACCAGCUGAUAUAUAACCGAAAAGCCGGUGGCAAGGUCGCUCCCGAGUUGCGUCUUCCUCCGAUGAUGCUCGGCUCGGUUUUAUUCAGUGGAGGCCUGUUCAUUACCGGAUGGACCGCCGAUCCCAAAUACCCAUGGAUAGCUCCCGUGAUCGGUCUGGCCAUGGGGGGCGUGGGAUUCUUCACGAUUUUCCAGGCCGCCCUCAACUAUCUCGUCGACACGUUUCAAAGAUACGCGGCGAGUGCUGUCGCGGCCAACACCUUUCUUCGAUCCUGUUUCGCCGCCGCCUUCCCCCUCGUCAUUACGCCGCUGUACCACAACGUCGGCAUCCCCUGGGGCACGAGUAUCUUUGCCUUCUUCGCCGUCGCUUUGAUCCCGGUGCCCUUCUUCUUCUUCUACUACGGCGAGCGCAUCCGAAGUCGAAGUAAAUGGAGCCGCUUUUGA